AGGGUGGAGAGAGAGAAAGGCGUUGGUCAGAGAGCAGACUAACAAAGGGACCCACUCUGAUUGCUCUACUCUCAUUGCCUACACAUCUUCCUUGUCCUUUCAUGUCUCCUUCCUAAUUUCCUCCAUAUUUUUUUUUUACCAAAUUUUUAUUUUUUUUCUACAAUAAUUUUUCUCCAAAGAUAAUGGGUAAUGGCUGCUGCUUCGGCGACGCCGGCGGUAGAACGGCGGUUGGCGGCGGUGGUGGCGGCGGCGGCGGCGGUCAGUAUAAGCAUCACAACGAUGGUCCAAACGACGCCGUUAGUCUCUUCCUUAAGGCUCAUGGUUAUCAUGGUCUAUUCUCUCAGAUCGAGCUGUCACUGUCAGCUUCAAGCUUACGGGAUCGGGAUGUGCUUUCAAAGAGUGAUCCAAUGGCAGUAAUUUAUAUAAGAGGAAGAAAUGGUAGACUUGAAGAACUUGGACGGACAGAAGUUGUAUCAAAUUCACUAGAUCCUACAUGGAUUACAAAGGUCAAUGUAACAUAUCAUUUUGAAAUUGUGCAGACACUAGUGUUUCGUGUUUUUGAUGUUGAUACUCAAUUCCACAACGUAGAUGUACAGAUGCUUAAACUGGAUGAGCAGCAAUUUCUAGGCGAGGCUUCAUGUGCGUUGUCUGAGAUAGUGACCAGAUCAAAUGGAUUAUUGACUUUAGACCUUGCGCAUCGUGAAGAAAACUUGAAAGCAGCCCAUUCAGGAAGCUAUGGGAAGCUUACAGUUCAUGCUGAAGAAUCUAUGAACUCUAAGAUCACAACUGAAAUGCUACUAAGGUGUUCAGAUUUGGAAAAUAAGGAUCUCUUCUCUAAAAGUGAUCCCUUCUUAGUGAUAUCUAAAAUUGCAGAGGGUGGUAUACCUAUUCCAAUUUGCAAAACGGAAGUUGCCAAGGAUAAUUUGGAUCCAGCUUGGAAUCCUGUGUCCUUAAAUAUUCAGCAAGUUGGAAGUAAGGACAGUCCUUUAACUAUCGAGUGCUUUAACUUUAACAGCAAUGGGAAGCAUGAUUUGAUUGGGAAAAUUGAUAAAUCACUAGUUGAUUUGGAAAAAAUUCAUAUGAGUCAGAGUGGUGCAAAUCUAUAUCUACCCGCUCCAACUGGACAUGACUAUAACAAUAAGGUCUUGAAAAGUCAACUCUUUGUGGACAAGUUCUCAGAGAGUGUCCAAUACACUUUCCUUGAUUACCUAGCUGGUGGAUGUGAGUUGAAUUUUAUGUUGGCCAUUGAUUUUACAGCUUCAAAUGGGAAUCCACGUCUUCCUGAUUCCCUACAUUACAUUGAUCCAUCAGGUCGCCCAAAUGCUUACCAGAAAGCAAUUUUGGAGAUUGGGGGAUUACUGCAAUUUUAUGAUUCAGACAAGCGCUUUCCUGCCUGGGGAUUUGGAGCACGUCCAAUUGACGGGCCAGUCUCUCAUUGCUUCAACUUAAAUGGAAGCAAAAACUACUGUGAGGUUGAAGGGAUUCAAGGAAUAAUGACAGCAUAUACAAGUGCUCUAUACAAUGUUUCACUUGCGGGACCAACCCUUUUUGGCCGUGUUGUUACUGUUGCAGCUGAUAUUGCCAGUAAGGCUCUUGCAGAAGGACAACAAAAAUAUUAUGUUUUGCUAAUAAUCACGGAUGGAGUGAUAACAGAUCUUCAGGAGACAAAAGAUGCUAUUGUAAAGGCAUCUGAUCUUCCAUUGUCAAUACUCAUUGUUGGAGUUGGAGGAGCCGACUUUAAAGAGAUGGAGUUUUUAGAUGGAGACAAAGGGGAGAGACUUGAGAGUACAACCGGGCGUGUCUCAUCUCGUGAUAUAGUGCAAUUUGUGCCAUUCCGGGAUAUUCAGGGUGAAGAAGUCUCUGUUGCUCAGACACUUUUAGCAGAAUUACCCACACAAUUUUUAACAUACAUGAGGACAAGAGACAUUAAACCCAAAAGCAUGAUUUUGUGAUAAAUUGUACAUAUUUAUUUUUAUUUGGUUUUAAUAUUUGCUUUCGGUGGCUAAUCGAGUCAAAAUUAUCAGCUCGGUGCCUAAUUUUUCAUUAUUUUGUUUUUAUAAUGUUUCUUUUUUGUUUAUUCCCCUUUUUUUUUAUGUAAUUUUUGUUGUCUCCUUUAAAAGGGAGCAGAAGAGAAAGGUGAACCCUUGUGUCUUAGGCAGAAACAAUAUUUCAAUGUAAUACAAAGCAAUGUUUGUUCUUUACAUUGCAAGGUGCAAAUAUUCUGUUUUUUUACCCCAAAUUUGUUCUAGUGUUCGGGGGAAUUAGGAGACACAAUGGUCCAUCUACGCACAUAUAAAAAUGAACACAUGUUUAUUUUUGGAUAUUUUAUUUAAUACAAAGAUGUGGUUAUUAUAUUAAAGAUGUCAUUUGUAGACCAUGUACA